AUGGUAUUUAUUCUCAUAUAUGUUGAUGAUAUUCUCAUUACCGGGAAUAAUCCUGUUUACUUAAAACAAUUUGUUGUAAGGUUGAACUCUCUGUUCUCAUUAAAGGACCUUGGACCGCUCUAUUUUUUUCUUGGCAUUGAAAUUUUUCGAGACUCCUCCGGCUUGUAUUUGAAUCAAGGAAAAUACACCUUAGAUAUUUUGAAGAAACUCAAUAUGCUUGACUGUGCUCCUGUUCCAACCCCCAUGGUCACUGGACGGAUCUUCUCCAAGACUGACGGUGACUUAAUGAAGGAUCCCUCACUUUAUCGAAGAGCCAUCGGAUCCCUCCAAUAUCUUACUACAACCAGACCAGACAUAGCCUACUCGGUUAACAAGCUCAGUCAGUUUUUGUCUAAUCCAACUGACAUACAUUUUCAGGGGGUGAAACGGAUUCUUAGAUAUCUCAAAGGAACAUAUCAUUAUGGGCUGCAUAUCAAACCUUUUUCUUCACUUCAAUUAACUGCAUUCACCGAUGCAGAUUGGGCUACAGAUGUGGAUGAUAGAAAGUCUAUGGCUGGUUUAUGUGUCUACUUGGGAGACACUCUGAUCUCUUGGGCCUCUCGAAAGCAACGUGUAGUGUCCCGAUCAAGCACAGAGUCCGAAUACCGAGCCUUGGCCGACGGAGCUGUUGAACUAAAAUGGAUACAUUCACUACUGUCUGAGCUCGGAUUGUUCCUAAAAGAACCAGCUAUGAUCUGGUGCGACAACCUCAGUGCCAAAGCACUUGCAGCAAAUCCAAUUCAGCAUUCUCGCAGCAAGCACAUUGACAUUGAUCUUCAUUUCAUACGAGAUAUGAUUCAAUCACGUUUUCUUAAUAUUCAACACAUUUCAUCUCCUCUUCAAGUUGCUGACUGUCUCACUAAGGCCCUCACGCACACGCAAUUUCUUCAUCAUAGAGACAAACUCGGGCUGUUCAGGACACCCUCUCGUUUGAGGGGGAAUGUUAGAGGAAAUAAAUAA